UUCAUGCCCGGAGUCUCCCGCUCGUCUGCUACUUGGAGCCUGCGCGGCAGAGGGAGAGGCACGUGGAGCGCAGGACAGACGAGGACUCGCAGGGAGCUGCAGGAUGACAGAUGUGGAUACAAGCAUGGACUCAGUCAACAGCCAGGACCAGCCCCAACCUGCAGAUCUGAGUGUUUGUUCUUCAAAGAGAAUCACAGAAACAGACUUGCAUGUUUCUGUAUACCCAAAUCAUAAGGAGGAAGAAGAAGCACAAUUCCAAAGAUUAGACCAGGAGGAUCUGAAUGGAGAAGAUAACAAUGUGGACCUGGUAAAGGUGAAAAAUGAAUCCAUGGAAUCAUCUGAAGCACCCCCAGAACACCCUGAAGGCAUUGACCUAACCUAUGGAUAUGGCUCAGAAUGUGCACCCUAUAAAAGCAUACAGCUGGAAAGACACAGCUCCUCAUAUGACCUCAACAGACCUAGCCUAGGAAAACUGUACUGUGACAUCUGUGGACUGGCCUGCAAUAGCCUCAAUGUUUUACUGGUGCACAAAAGAAGCCACACAGGGGAACGUCCUUUCCAGUGCAAUCAGUGUGGAGCAUCAUUUACCCAGAAAGGGAAUUUACUCAGACACGGCAAGCUGCAUACUGGAGAGAAACCAUUCAAAUGCCAUUUGUGCAGCUACGCCUGCCAAAGGAGAGAUGCCCUGUCCGGGCACCUCCGUACACACUCUGUGGAGAAACCAUACAAGUGUGAAUUCUGUGGACGUAGCUACAAGCAGCGCAGCUCUCUGGAAGAACACAAGGAACGAUGUCGUAUUUAUCUUCAAAAUAUGAAUGAGACUGCUGUGGAAGAGCCCAAACACAUGAAGCCAGAGAUAGGGAGUGAACGGGCAAUGGUCCUGGACCGUUUGGCUAGCAAUGUGGCAAAGAGAAAGAGUUCUAUGCCCCAGAAGUUUACUGGAGAAAAGAGGCAGUGUUUUGAGGUGCCAUACAACAGUUUCCUGUAUGAUAAGGAUCAUGACAUGAUACCUCCACGAUUGUUGGAACAUAAUGCAGGGAGCGCUAUAGCCUACAUGAGUCCAGGAGUCUUACGUCCACUGCUCCACACUCCGUCUACCCCUACUGCUGAAAUGGUGCCUGUUAUCAGCAGCCUCUACCCACUACCACUCACCCGUAUUGAUAUGUCCAAUGGACACUUACCGUCCCAGCCAGUCAAGGAGAAGAAGCCAGCUCCAGAGAGGGGCCUGUCCCCAGGUGCUAAUGCUCAUGACUCGACUGACACAGAUAGUAGCCAUGAAGAAAGGGCAUCUUAUCCUCCUGCAUUACAUGCUGGCCCAAUGCGGACAAACAGUGUUCUGCAGCCCCCCAAAGAGCACUCCCGGAGCUUUGACAUCUUGAAACACUCUGGUCUAUCACAGCGUGAGCUUCUGCAGCUUCUAAGCAAAGAUGGGUGCCCCUUAGGGAUGUACCGAUGUGACCACUGUCAUGUUCUUUUUCUGGAUUAUGUCAUGUUCACCAUCCACAUGGGAUGCCAUGGUUUUCGAGAUCCCUUUGAGUGCAACAUGUGUGGGCAUCGUAGCCAGGAUCGCUACGAGUUCUCAUCUCACAUCGCACGUGGCGAACACCGGAUUGGAAUGAAUUAGCAUCUUUGUUGUCAUCAGUGUUCAAGACAACAUUAACCAGAAUGCUGGUUCCUUGACAUUGCAGCUAAAAAAUAUAUUUGGAAAUGUGGGACAUUGUUUAAUUGCAAAAUAAAUAGGUCCUGUUUUUAAGAAUUA